AUGCGUCGUUUUUUUCUGGGAGGCACUCCCUCCCACCCCGUCAUCGCUUCUCCUUCCCCACCACCUGUUGCCUCACCCUCCCACCCACCUCGUCAUCGCCUCUCCCUCCCACCUUUCCAGCGCUGCUCCCUCCCACCCUGCCAUCCACUUUCCAUUCCACCCCGCCAUCCCCUCUCCCUCCCACCGCGCCGUCGCCGCUCCCUCCCUCCCGCCGUCGCCUCUAUGUUCCUCCCGCCGUCGCCUCUCGCUCCUCCCCGCCGUCGCCUCUCCCUCCUCCCCGCCGUCGCCUCUCCCUCCUCCCCGCCGUCGCCUCUCCCUCCUCCCCGCCGUCGCCUCUCCCUCCUCCCCGCCGUCGCCUCUCCCUCCUCCCCGCCGUCGCCUCUCCCUCCUCCCCGCCGUCGCCUCUCCCUCCUCCCCGCCGUCGCCUCUCCCUCCUCCCCGCUGUCGCCUCUCCCUCCCACCCCGUAG